AUGGAGAUAGCCACCUUGAAGCCGUCAUUCACUCGAAAGCUGAAUUGCAGGGGUUAUAGCCCCAUGCACUUGGCUUUGGAAAAAAAGCAUUAUGGCACUGCGAGGGCACUGAUGACCCUCGACCCUGAAGUGAUCCGAGUCCGAGGACGAGAGGGGUACACCCCUUUACAUUUUGUAGCUGGGGAAAUAAUGGAGGCUCAAGAGGAGCUCCAAGAACUCCUGGCAGAAUUCCUGUCUACUUGCAAAUCAUCCAUUGAAGACUUGACAAACCAAUGUGAGACUGCAGUUCACAUUGCUGUCAAGAAGGGCAACACCAAAGCACUUGAGAUUUUGCUUGGAUGGCUUAAGCGAGUUCAUCUAACAAAAAUCUUGAACUGGAAAGACCAAAACGGUAACACUGUCUUACAUAUUGCUGUAUCUGGACAGCAGCAACUACCCACGGCAGUAUUCCGACAGCGGCAACUUCAGGCUGGACAGCAGCAACUUCCUAUGCCUGUAUCCGGACAGCAGCAACUUGAGAUCAUCAAGCUAUUAGUUGGGUAUACGAAUGUAAAUGCGAAGAACUUCCUGAAUAGGACAGCUUUGGACAUCUUCCAAAAGAGUGUUCAUUUUGAUGAAGACGUUGCGAAGAGGCUAUGCCAAAGAUCUGCUUCCACCCUCUCUCUGUCACAGUUUUUUAGCAAGGAAUUAACUGCUUUUGAGAAGUACACAUAUUUUUUCCGCAUCCAAGAUGAAGCCACUCGCAACAUUAUCCUCGUUGUGGCUACCUUAAUUGCAACUGCCACGUACCAAGCCGUUCUCAGUCCUCCGGGGGGAUAUUGGCAGGACUCCUCUUUAAAUCCCCCGAAUAAUUCCUCUGUCGUUACUGCCAAUUCCAGCGGCAUUGCUGUUGAAAAGCCACAUCAAGCCGGAAACACUAUAUUGAGUGGCUUCCGUCUAUAUAAGUUCGUAUAUCUCAACAGCACGGCUUUUUUUGUCUCCAUCGCCUCAAUCGGGGUCGCUGCUCUUUCACUAUGGCCCCACACUCACAUCGUUUCCUUCUCUUUGCUUAUUAUAAGCGGUGCCUACUGUGUUUUCCUUGUAAUUGAAUUCCCCAAAUCCGAUAGGACCAUAGGACUUAUCCUGGGGGAGUUUUUUUGGAUCUUGCUGGCCACCACGUUGUGGCUCCCCUUUCUCCUGUGGCCAAUGCACAUUCGAGUUUUACACCGAGUUGACGCCACAAGGAGACGGCUCAGCAGCAUCCUAGGAUCAAAGGAAUAAUUCGCAUGUAAUGUUUACUUUAACUACUCUUGUCGCGUGUGCAUAUAGUCUAUGUUUGUA